CAUGGCGGAAUCCCCCAUCAAACCCUCCUGGUAGUUAUUUGAGCGGCGGCGGCGGCCGGAGGAGGAGGAGAGCGGCGGCGGCGGCGGCGGCGGCGGGAGCAGCGAAGGGGGCAGAGGGGAUCCUCGGGGCUGCCGGCUGGGAAGGCGUGGGCACCCCGGUGUGUGGCGCGUCCGGAGACCCGCGUUUCAGCCCGAGGGAAGAAUUCAUCUGAUAGAAGGAAUUUCAACAACUUUCUUGAUUUUUGUAUGAAAUAGUGAAAAUUCCAGCUCCUGUUAAAGAAGCCAGUUGAGGGCAAUUCUCCAUGAAUGUACGUCACAAUGAUGAUGACCGACCAAAUCCCUCUGGAACUACCGCCAUUGCUGAACGGAGAGGUAGCCAUGAUGCCCCACUUGGUGAAUGGGGAUGCAGCUCAGCAGGUCAUUCUUGUUCAAGUUAAUCCAGGUGAGACUUUCACAAUAAGAGCAGAGGAUGGAACACUUCAGUGCAUUCAAGGACCUGCUGAAGUUCCCAUGAUGUCACCCAAUGGCUCCAUUCCUCCCAUCCAUGUGCCUCCAGGUUAUAUCUCACAGGUGAUUGAAGACAAUACUGGAGUCCGCCGGGUGGUGGUCACACCCCAGUCUCCUGAGUGUUACCCCCCAAGCUACCCCUCAGCCAUGUCUCCAACCCACCACCUACCCCCCUACCUGACUCACCACCCCCAUUUUAUUCAUAACUCACACACGGCUUACUACCCACCUGUUACUGGACCUGGAGAUAUGCCGCCUCAGUUUUUUCCUCAGCACCAUAUUCCCCCUACAAUAUACGGCGAGCAAGAAAUCAUACCACUCUAUGGAAUGUCAAGCUACAUUACCCGGGAAGACCAGUACAGCAAGCCUCCACACAAAAAACUGAAAGACCGCCAGAUUGACCGCCAGAACCGCCUCAACAGUCCCCCAUCUUCUAUCUACAAAAGCAACUGCACACCCGUGUACAACGGCUACGGGAAGGGCCACAGUGCUGGAGGAGGUGGAGGCAGUGGAGGAGGCGGCGGGGGCGGGCCAGGGAGUAAGAAAACAGAGCGGCGAGCAAGGAGCAGUCCGAAGUCGAAUGAUUCAGAUUUGCAAGAGUAUGAGUUGGAAGUAAAGAGGGUGCAAGACAUUCUUUCAGGAAUAGAGAAACCACAGGUUUCUAAUAUUCAGGCAAGAGCGGUUGUGCUGUCCUGGGCUCCCCCUGUUGGACUUUCAUGUGGACCCCACAGCGGUCUUUCUUUCCCCUACAGCUAUGAGGUCGCCUUAUCUGACAAAGGACGGGACGGAAAGUACAAGAUAAUUUACAGUGGAGAAGAAUUAGAAUGUAACCUGAAAGAUCUCAGACCAGCGACUGAUUAUCAUGUGAGGGUAUAUGCCAUGUACAAUUCCGUAAAGGGAUCCUGCUCCGAGCCCGUUAGCUUCACCACCCACAGCUGUGCACCUGAGUGUCCCUUCCCACCGAAGCUGGCACACAGGAGCAAAAGUUCGCUAACCUUGCAGUGGAAGGCACCAAUUGAUAAUGGUUCAAAAAUCACCAACUACCUUUUAGAAUGGGAUGAGGGGAAAAGAAACAGUGGUUUCAGACAGUGCUUCUUUGGGAGUCAGAAGCACUGCAAGUUGACAAAGCUUUGUCCGGCGAUGGGGUACACAUUCAGGCUGGCUGCUCGGAAUGACAUCGGCACCAGUGGUUAUAGCCAAGAGGUGGUAUGUUACACAUUAGGAAACAUUCCUCAGAUGCCCUCUGCACCAAGACUUGUUCGAGCUGGGGUCACAUGGGUCACGUUGCAGUGGAAUAAACCAGAAGGCUGUUCACCUGAGGAAGUGGUCACCUACACUUUGGAAAUCCAGGAGGAUGAAAAUGAUAACCUUUUCCACCCAAAAUACACUGGAGAGGACUUAACCUGUACUGUGAAAAAUCUCAAAAGAAGCACACAGUAUAAAUUCAGGCUGACUGCUUCUAAUGUGGAAGGGAAGAGUUGUCCAAGUGAAGUUCUGGUGUGUACGACAAGCCCUGACCGGCCUGGGCCUCCCACAAGACCCCUCAUUAAAGGACCAGUUACAUCUCAUGGCUUUAGUGUCAAAUGGGAUCCUCCAAAGGACAAUGGUGGUUCGGAAAUACUCAAGUACUUGCUGGAGAUUACUGAUGGAAAUUCUGAAGCGAGUCAGUGGGAAGUGGCGUACAGUGGAUCGGCUACGGAAUACACUUUCACCCACUUGAAACCAGGCACUUUGUACAAACUCCGAGCAUGCUGCAUCAGUACUGGUGGACACAGUCAGUGUUCCGAAAGUCUCCCUGCUCGCACGCUAAGCAUUGCACCGGGUCAGUGUCGACCACCGAGGGUCUUGGGUCGACCAAAGCACAAAGAAGUCCACUUAGAGUGGGAUGUUCCUGCCUCAGAAAGUGGCUGCGACCAGGUCUCGGAGUACAGUGUGGAGAUGACAGAACCUGAGGAUGUAGCUUCCGAGGUGUACCACGGGCCAGAGCUCGAGUGCACUGUUGGCAACCUGCUCCCCGGAACCAUGUAUCGUUUCCGGGUGAGGGCUCUGAAUGAUGGAGGGUAUGGCCCCUAUUCUGAUGUCUCAGAAAUUACCACUGCUGCCGGGCCUCCUGGACAGUGCAAAGCACCUUGUAUUUCUUUUACACCUGAUGGAUGUGUCCUAGUGAGUUGGGAGAGUCCUGAGAGCUCUGGUGCCGACAUCUCAGGGUACAGGUUGGAAUGGGGAGAAGAUGAAGAAUCCUUAGAACUCAUUUAUCAUGGGACAGACACCGGCUUUGAGAUAAGGGAUCUGUUGCCUGCUGCACAAUAUUGCUGUAGACUACAGGCUGUCAAUCAAGCUGGAGCAGGGCCGUAUAGUGAGCUUGUCCUCUGCCAGACACCAGCAUCUGCCCCUGACCCUGUCUCCACUCUCUGUGUCCUGGAAGAGGAGACCCUCAAUGCCUACCCUGAUUCACCUUUUGUGUGCCUUGUACUGAACUGGGAAGAGCCGUGCAAUAAUGGAUCUGAAAUUCUUGCUUACAAUAUUGAUCUUGGAGACGCUAGCAUCACCGUGGGCAAUACCACCACCCAUGUUAUAAAAGACCUCCUUCCAGAAACCACCUACCGGAUCAGAAUUCAGGCUGUAAAUGAAAUCGGAGCUGGACCAUUUAGUCAGUUCAUUAGGGCAAAAACUCGGCCAUUACCACCCUUGCCUCCGAGGCUCGAAUGUGCUGCAGCAGGGCCCCAGAGCCUGAAGCUCAAAUGGGGAGACAGUAACACCAAGACACACGCAGCCGAUGACGUGGUGUACACACUGCAGUUGGAGGACAGAAACAAGAGGUUUAUUUCCAUCUACAGAGGACCCAGCCAUACCUACAAAGUCCAGAGACUGACAGAAUUCACAUGCUACUCCUUCAGAAUCCAGGCAUCGAGCGAGGCUGGGGACGGGCCCUUCUCAGAAACCUAUACCUUCAGCACAACCAAAUGCAUCCCCCCCACCAUCAAAGCACCUCGAGUAACACAGUUGGAAGGAAAUUCAUGUGAAAUUUUAUGGGAGACGGUACCACCAAUGAAAGGUGACCCUGUCAACUACAUCCUGCAGGUAUUGGUUGGAAGAGAAUCUGAGUACAAACAGGUAUACAAGGGAGAAGAAGCAACAUUCCAAAUCUCAGGCCUCCAGACCAACACAGACUACCGGUUCCGCGUGUGUGUGUGCCGCCGCUGUUUAGACACCUCUCAGGAGCUAAGCGGAGCGUUCAGCCCCUCUGCGGCUUUUGUAUUACAACGAAGUGAGGUCAUGCUUACAGGGGACAUGGGGAGCUUAGAUGAUCCCAAAAUGAAGAGCAUGAUGCCUACUGAUGAACAGUUUGCAGCCCUCAUUGUGGUUGGCUUUGCAACUUUGUCCAUUUUAUUUGCCUUUAUAUUACAGUACUUCUUAAUGAAGUAAACAAACCCAACAAAACUAGAGGUAUGAAUUUAAUGCUACACAUUUUAAUACACACAUUUAUUCAGAUACUCCCCUUUUUAAGCCCUUCUGUUCUUUGAUUUAUAUACUUCUCUUGUUUUACAGAUUUAGCUAGGAAAAAAAAAUAUCAGUGUUUUGGUGCACCUUUUUGAAAUGCAAAACUAGGAAGAGAUUAAACUGGAUUUAAAAAAAAAAAAAAAAAGAAGAAGAAGAAGAAGAAAAGCAAACCAGAUACCAAAAGCUAGCUUUCUUAUGUUUUCUUUUAAAUUUUCAGAUUUGCCUUUAUUGUUUUCACUGAUGUCUUUUGCAAGCCUUUGAUUUUUUUUUUCUUCCAUGUUAUGGUUUAGUAAUUUAUAUUCACCGGUCACUUCUUUUGUCUUGAUCAGAUAUCUGUCUCUGUGAACAUGAAUCACAGUGUGUGUCCUUACAGGUCUAGGAUUUCGGUGUUGUCAGAGUGUAUUACCACACAACCACAACCGCAACCACAAUGUACACAAGAUGUGUUCUCUCAGAUAAGGCUGCCCUAAACGACCCUCACUCAGUUAUUUAACUGUUUAGCUCAUUUAAAUCAAAAAUGUGUACUUAAAAUGUUUUAAUAAUCUGUAUUUCUUAUGAUUUUUAACACUAUGAGCUGCCUGUCUAAGAAAUCAAGUAACCAAAAUGCACCUAUAAAUUAUGGAACAUUGUCAGUUUUACCCCAGCGAUUCAUAGCAGUAACUUUAAGAGGGCAUUGUGCAAUAGUUGUUUCCUUGUUCAGCUAUUUUAAAAGCUGCUUUAACUUGUUUGUUUGUCUUUGUGUAUAACUACUUCUAAUCACUAGAGUUAUUAUAUUCUGUUAUGUUUGACCAGAGUUAUAUGACGAGAACUGGUGACAGUUUAGUGCCUCUGCCCAUUGUCCGUGAUUUACACUAAUUGUGAGCAGUCUUCUUACACGUCAGCUCAUUGUUUUUGAAAGACUUGCUGUUAGGCUGUUCUUUGAGGUAUCAAUGAAGUGAUUUGAGUUUCAGUACCUUAAUUCAGUGCACAUCAUCUUAAUCCAACAGCGGAUAAAAACUGAUAAAACCCAAAAGAGAGUUACCUAAUUUGUAGUUCCUAUUUUUGUGGGGUUGACCUGGCCAUGUGUGGAGAGGGAAUGAUAUUUGGUGGUAAGCACAGGGUGUUUUGGGGGUGAAGGAGCCUAGAUUCCCUCCCUGGAUCUGUUACUAACUUGCUGCGUGACCUGAACACGUCACUUUACCUCUCUGUGCCUCAGUUUCCCAUGCAUUAAAAAUAAAAUGAAAUAAAAUAAAAUGGGGAUUCUAAUGUUUGUAAGUGCUUUGAGAUCCUUGAUCAACAGGUGCUAUUGGAGUGCAAAGUGUUACUCUUGCAUGUUUAUUCUGAGUCAUGAGAUAAUCAAUUUUAACCCAAAGUCAUUGGAUUAUUUAUAUGAAGUCCAUAAUGUUCACGUACCUCAGGGACAUUUAAGAGUUGGAGGUGCAAAUAUAUUCCAAAAGGGUGCAACAGACACAGUGUAUCCCCCUGCUUCUGUUUUUGUAUAUUUUUGCUACUUGGUUUUUCUUGAUCAUAGCGAUUUUGUGCUUGGUCUGUGUUGUCUUAGGAUGCAGUCUCCUGUACUAGCUUAUAAUAUUCCCAUACCAAAGUCAUGGGGAAACCAACAUUAUUUUGUUUUUGGUUUAUUUAUACUAUAUUCUGCAUACAGUACUUUAAAUGCCAAUUACAGUGCAAUCUUUAUUUAUUGUAAAAUUUUUUAAAUGUACUUAUGUACUAAUUUUCCCUUGUAGCAUGUUAUUUUUUGUGUGUGUUUUAUACUUUUGUAAUUUUAGGUCAGUCUUGUUCCUUGGCAACAGCUGUAGUAUUACCAAUCUUCUGACAUUUUCUUGUGUUUUUAAAAGAUAAGAGCAUCGAGUGCAUUAAAUGCCAAAAAAAAGAAAAAGAAAAAAUCCAUUAUCAGUGAUUAAAACGUUUACAUGUACCCAAAAAACCAUAAUCAUCUCUUAAAAGAAAGCGCUAAGAUCAGUGAAUUAUUGUGUGCCUAUAUUGAUGUAGUAAGUACUAGAGAGUUUUGUAUUUUGUUAUUGACUAUAAUAAUUAGUUUAAUUAGCCUUGCAAAGUGAUGGCAUCAAGGUAAAUACGUUUUUUUGCCAAAGUUCUGGCCUUCCAAAACUCAGCCCUCUACUUAAUUGUGUGUUAUGACCCAAUAUAACAUUGCAUCUGCAUUUUCUGAGACCAUCUCAGGCAGGUGUUUGGUUUUUUUUUUGUUUUUUUUUUUUUGUGGGGGAAAGGCAUUUUUUUAAGCAAUGAAAAUUCAACAGAGUACAAAAUCCCUGUUUGCAGGGGGGUAAAGUCCCUUUUUGGAAACACUUCAGAGCUGCUGCUAUAAAGAAAUUCUCGGAAUUGGUUGAAAUGUUUUAAAUGAAAUAAUGCGUUAGGCCAAGAUGAUUGCUAUGAGUACUUUAUCUUUUUUGAGAUUUUCAUCCUGUUGAACCACCAGAAGGCUGAAGUGUGUCACCGACCGGCUGACUGCACUUUAUUUUAUUGUUCUCCAUGAUUUGGUAUUCAUCAUCCCUUUGGUCAAAAAAUUAUUACUCCAUCUGGCACCGUUUUCUAUUACAAAGAUGUAUAUGUGACAUUGAUACACAGCUAUAUAUAUAUUGCCAUUACACACGAACAAUAAAAUAAAGUGUUACAUUAACCUUAUUUCUUUGCCCUUUUGCAAUAUGUAGGAAUGAGUGUCUGGCUUCCGAUGCUCUGUAUGUCACACUCAUCCCUGGCACAAGAAAUUCCAGUCAUGUGAAGCAAACCGCCCUUUGUCCUCAAAGAAAUGGUCUCAAAAGAAAACUUUUUUAAGAAGAUUUUUUUCAUAUUAUCUGCCUUGUUCUUAUCAACUUGAAAUGUUGGCAUUUUCUAACUGUGUUUUGUUGGCUACAGUAAUUCAGUAUUCCUGUCAAAAUUGAAAAGUGCCCUAAUUGAAUGUGUUUGAAUGUUAUCCUUGCACAGUUCUUUAAAUUGAAAGACAAAAUGUUUUACCUCACUGUUGGACAUACAUUCCAAGCUUUUCAACUUUAGGAGGAAAAAAAAAAAUCAUGUUUUCCUGUAUUGUAAAUUUUAGACUAUUUCAUAUACAUUGUAUUAAAACUGCCGUAUCAAUUUUAAUGUAUAGAUUUUGCAAAUACUAUGCUAUAUGUAAUACCUAACUGUAUCUGUAGUGUAUAUGUAAUAUAUUUAUGCCCAAUAAAUGUUUUAAUUCUUUCUGA